CUUACUUCUCUCCUUCUCUCCUUCAUGUCCUCGACAUCGUCCUCCACUUCGAAUAGCCAAACAGAUCCAGAAUAUCAGACGACGACGCCAAAAAACGAAAGCGAUGCAACGUUCGAAGUCAACCUUGAGGAACAUGAACACCCUCAAAAUUUAUCAUUAUCGAAAAGAUGGCUCAUCGUCGUCCUCAUCAGCUCCUCUUCACUAUGCGUUACUUGUGCGUCUUCCGCUGCAGCAUUUGCAGAAACCGGAAUGUCACGAGAAUUUCACGUCUCCAAGAUUGUGACGAUCCUUUCGAUAAGCCUGUUCGUUGAAGGUUUGGGGUUUGGGCCGUUGCUGGUUGGACCGCUUUCGGAGGUGUACGGGAGGAACGUCAUCUACCGCGUUUCGUUCACGCUGGUGUUCGCGUUUUCUUUUGCUGUUGCAUUCGCUCCCAACAUCGUGGUCAUGUUGGUGUUUCGAUUCAUAUCCGGAUUCUGUGGGUCGGCGUUUCUCAGCGUUGCAGGGGGUACUGUGAGCGAUUUAUUUGUGAACGAGGAAGUUGCGACCCCGAUGGCAUUUUACACCCUGUCACCUUUCAUUGGUCCCGUUGUAGGGCCACUUUUUAGCGGGUUUAUCAAUCAAAAUGUCGAUUGGCGAUGGACUUUCUACGUCAUGACGAUAUGGAGCUUCGUUCAGACUGUCGCUUUAUUUUUGACCGUGCCGGAGACGUACGUCCCUGUGCUGAGAAAAUGGAAAGCGGCAAGACUUCGAAAGCAGCGCGGAGACGAUAAAUACUGGUCACCUCUGGAUCAUGAACAGAAGAACAUAUGGCGAUCGAUACUUGUUAGCUGUUAUAAACCAUUUCAGCUAGUCAUGUACGAUCAGAUGGCGCUUUUGUUGAAUUUGUGGUCAUCAGUGGUCCUUGGAAUACUCUACCUCGCUUUCCAAGCUUUCCCUGUGAUAUUUGGAGAUAACCAUGGGUUUAAUAUGCAAGAAGUCGGGCUUUCAUUUCUUGGUAUUGGUAUUGGGAUGGCAGGAGCGAUGCCGACACAGUUGUUGUGGAACCGAAUCCUCGCCAAACAAGCGUCCAAACACAACGGCCACCUACCCCCCGAAGCCCACCUCCUCAAGGGAGAACUCGGCGGAGUCCUCGUCCCUCUCGGCUUGUUCUGGCUAGCCUUUACUACCUACCCUCACGUCCACUGGAUAGUCCCCAUUAUUGCUUCAGUACCGUUUGGUGCGGGGAGUUAUUACGUGUUCACAUCUGUGUUUACGUAUUUGGUUUCGGCGUAUAGACCGAUAGCUGCGAGUGCUAUGGCGUCGAAUAGUGCGAUGAGGUCUACGGUUGCUGCUGUUUUUCCGUUGUUUGCUGGGGUUAUGUAUGAGAGGCUUGGGACGGUUGGGGCUACGGCGUUGUUGGCGGGGGUUAUGACGGUUAUGGCUCCGUUGCCAUUUGUGUUUCGAAGGAUUGGACCUAGGUUACGAGCGAGGUCGCGGUUUGCGGUUUCGUAGAAUGGAUCAUGCUGGUUUUUUUUUAGUUGGACAGGGAUUGGUUAGUUUGGUCUAGAUCGUAGUGUACGUUACUCUAAUGCGCGAAAUUUGUAAUCUAUCGGGCUAUCUGGAAAUCUAAAAUGCGGCAGUUACCCG